AUGUACAGUUAUAUCUUAAUUAUUCCUUUCCUCACUUUAUCUUUUGCUUACGACAAAAAAUGGGAACCAUAUAUGGGAGAAUUAAGGUGGUACUCAUAUGAAGAAGCUCUUGAAGCAGCUCAAAGAAGAAAACUUCCAAUCUUAGCUUUCUUUGGUGGAUUGGAAUGUGAACAAUGUGGUACAUAUUAUCAAGUGUUUGAUCAACACCCUCGAUUCAAGGCAUUAGCUAAAAGGUUUAUUCUUUGUGGUUUAGAUGAAACUGAUGUAUAUUAUCAUAUGGAACCAUUUAAUAAAGAAGAGUAUUCUCCUAAAUUUGCCUUUUUCGAUAGUAAUGGAAAAUUACUUCCAUUUGACAGUUAUGAUGAUGAUGAACAUAAGUACUUUUAUAGUAAUAUUGAUCUUGUUAUUAAUGCAAUGGAAGAUGUUGAUGAUUAUAUGGCUGAUUAUCAACAAGAAUUAUAA